UUGCGGAAGUGACGUCAGUUCCGAGUCCUCUGGGGGCGGUGGGAGAGAUGAGAAGGCUGAGAUUGGGGUAGCCGUUGUGUGAAGAUGGAGUUUCCCGGAGGAAAUGACAAUUACCUGACGAUCACGGGGCCUUCGCACCCCUUCCUUUCAGGCGCCGAGACAUUCCAUACACCAAGUUUGGGUGAUGAGGAAUUUGAAAUCCCGCCUAUCUCCUUGGACUCUGAUCCCUCACUGGCUGUCUCAGAUGUAGUUGGCCACUUUGAUGAUCUUGCAGAUCCUUCCUCCUCUCAGGAUGGCAGCUUUUCAGCCCAAUAUGGGGUCCAGACAUUGGAUAUGCCUGUGGGCAUGACCCAUGGCUUGAUGGAGCAGGGCGGGGGGCUCCUGAGUGGUGGCUUGACCAUGGACUUGGAGCAUUCUAUAGGAACUCAGUAUAGUGCCAACCCACCUGUUACAAUUGAUGUACAAGACAUGGCAUCUAGCUUGAUACCGCAUAGCACGUUGACCACAAUUGAUCAAUCAGAACUGAGUUCUCAACUUGGUUUGAGCUUAGGUGGUGGCACCAUCCUGCCGCCUGCACAGUCACCUGAGGAUCGUCUUUCAACCACCCCUUCACCUACAAGCUCACUUCAUGAAGAUGGUGUUGAGGAUUUCCGGAGGCAAGUUCCCAGCCAGAAGGCAGUUGUGGUGGAAGUAGGGAAAAAGCAGAAGGCCCCGAAGAAGAGGAAAAAGAAAGAUCCUAAUGAGCCCCAGAAACCAGUCUCGGCAUAUGCUUUAUUUUUCCGUGAUACACAGGCGGCCAUCAAAGGACAGAAUCCCAAUGCCACUUUUGGGGAGGUUUCGAAAAUUGUGGCCUCCAUGUGGGAUAGUCUUAGAGAGGAACAAAAACAGGUGUAUAAGAGGAAAACUGAAGCUGCUAAGAAAGAAUAUCUAAAGGCGCUGGCUGCUUAUAAAGACAAUCAAGAGUGUCAGGCCACUGUGGAAACAGUGGAAUUGGAUCCAGUGGCGCCAUCACAGACUCCUUCUCCACCUCCUGUGGCUACUGUUGACCCAGCAUCUCCAGCACCAGCUACAACAGAGCCCCCUGCCCUGUCUCCUUCCAUUGUUGUCAACUCAACGCUUUCAUCCUAUGUGGCAAACCAGGCAUCUGCUGGGCCUGGGGGUCAGCCAAAUAUCACCAAGUUGAUAAUUACCAAGCAGAUAUUGCCAUCUUCUAUUACCAUGUCACAAGGAGGGAUGGUUACUGUUAUCCCAGCUACAGUGGUGACCUCCCGGGGCCUCCAGCUAGGCCAAACGAGUACAGCUACUAUCCAGCCCAGUCAGCAAGCCCAGAUUGUCACACGGUCAGUAUUGCAGGCAGCAGCAGCAGCUGCUGCUUCUAUGCAACUGCCUCCACCCCGACUACAACCCCCUCCAUUGCAACAGAUGCCUCAGCCCCCAACUCAGCAGCAAGUGACCAUUCUGCAGCAGCCUCCCCCUCUUCAGGCCAUGCAGCAGCCUCCACCUCAGAAAGUUCGAAUCAAUUUACAGCAACAGCCACCUCCUUUGCAGAGUAAGAUUGUGCCUCCACCCACUCUGAAAAUGCAGACUACCUUAGUCCCACCAGCUGUGGAAAGUAGUCCUGAGCGGCCUAUGAAUAACAGUCCUGGGGCCCAUACAGUGGAGGAAACCUCUCCUGAGACGAUCUGUGAGAUGAUCACAGAUGUAGUUCCAGAGGUUGAGUCUCCUUCUCAAAUGGAUGUUGAAUUGGUGAGUGGGUCUCCUGUGACAAUCUCACCUCAGCCUCGGUGUGUGAGAUCUGGUUGUGAGAACCCUCCCGUUGUGAGUAAGGACUGGGACAAUGAGUACUGCAGCAAUGAGUGUGUGGUGAAGCACUGCAGGGAUGUCUUCUUGGCCUGGGUAGCCUCUAGAAAUUCAAACACAGUGGUGUUUGUGAAAUAGUCCUUCCUGUCCUCCAAGCCAGUGAAGACUUAUCUGCUGGGAACACGUCCAAGAGCCUUUUAACCAAAUGGGCUUGGUAGUGCCUGAUCUCAAACCAUGAUGGUCCUUUACGCUUUUUCCCUUUUUUCUUUCAAUAGGGGCCACACUAUGGAGCAGGGCCAGUGAGUUUGCUGUAAUCAGGAUUUGCUUUUUCCUUUUAAGUACAAGCAGAGAUGCCAGUUAUUAAAAUAGCAGAGGAAAGGGUAAAGGGAAAUGACAAGCAGAAUAUAGGGAUGGGAUGGCUGGCAGGGUGAUGGUGGUGGGGUUGAGAAAACUUACUGGUGUAAUUGUCACAGGACUUUCCUGAAAAAUUAUUAAAAUGAUGGGAGAGUAUUCAGCUUUGA